GUCUGAGUGCUUGGCGUUUGGUACUGUAGAUGGCAGUUGUAUGGAAUAUUUUUACAGCUUUUUGUCGCAAAUCACGUUUUGUCGCCGAAGUCGUGUCGAGAAACGCGAAGAACGCAAAGCUAGUGCGGUCCGCCGGUAAGCUGUUGCCCGCGAUAAUGGAGGUGAGCACGCAGACGGGCGCGGUGGGAGACGCGCAGGUGGAGUGCAUCGUGGUGCUGCGCGCCUUCUCCCCGGGACCGGGGCCCCCGCCGGAGCAGGCGCACAGCGGCGCCGACGACGACGAUGACGCUCUGCAGGUCGUCGUCGUCGUCGUCGUCGUCGUCGUCGUCGUCGUCUUCUUCUUCUUUAUCUAA